AGGGGUCGUCCUGCGGGUGGCCGGAGGCUUAGGAUCCCCGGGAGCCUGGAGUGAGAGAGAGAGAUUGAGAGCGAAAGGUGAGCGGAGCUGAGGGAGGGGACGCGCUGCGGGGCUCCCCGAGUCUAUGGAGCGGGUUAAGAUGGCGGAGGCGGAGAGCCUGGAGACAGCGGCGGAGCACGAACGGAUUCUUCGAGAGAUCGAGAGCACCGACACGGCCUGCAUCGGGCCCACGCUCAGGUCUGUCUAUGAUGGUGAGGAACAUGGACGAUUCAUGGAGAAGCUUGAAACUCGCAUUCGCAAUCAUGACCGAGAAAUUGAGAAAAUGUGCAACUUUCAUUAUCAGGGCUUUGUGGACUCUAUAACAGAACUGCUGAAAGUGAGAGGAGAAGCCCAGAAACUCAAAAAUCAAGUGACGGAUACUAAUAGAAAACUGCAACAUGAGGGAAAGGAACUGGUGAUAGCAAUGGAAGAGCUGAAGCAGUGUCGACUACAGCAGAGAAAUAUUUCUGCCACUGUGGAUAAAUUAAUGCUGUGUCUUCCAGUUCUGGAGAUGUAUAGUAAACUGCGGGACCAGAUGAAAACUAAAAGGCAUUAUCCUGCACUGAAAACUCUGGAACAUCUAGAGCAUACCUAUCUUCCUCAAGUAAGCCACUAUCGAUUCUGCAAGGUGAUGGUGGACAAUAUCCCCAAGCUUCGAGAAGAAAUUAAGGAUGUGUCUAUGUCCGAUCUCAAAGACUUUCUGGAGAGUAUCCGCAAACAUUCAGACAAAAUUGGAGAGACUGCCAUGAAGCAAGCUCAACAGCAAAGAAACCUGGAUAACAUCAUCUUGCAACAACCCAGGAUAGGUAGCAAGAGAAAAUCUAAGAAAGAAGCAUAUACAAUUUUUGAUACAGAGAUAGAAAGCACUAGCCCCAAGUCUGAACAGGAUUCAGGAAUUCUGGAUGUUGAAGAUGAGGAAGACGAUGAAGAGGUACCUGGGGCCCAAGAUUUGGUUGAUUUCUCUCCCGUUUAUCGAUGUCUACACAUAUAUUCUGUCUUGGGGGCCCGGGAAACGUUUGAGAACUACUACCGAAAACAAAGGCGAAAACAGGCUCGUUUGGUGCUCCAGCCUCCAUCUAACAUGCAUGAAACUUUAGAUGGCUACAGGAAGUAUUUUAAUCAAAUUGUCGGCUUUUUUGUGGUUGAAGAUCACAUUUUACAUACAACACAAGGCUUAGUAAAUAGAGCCUACAUUGAUGAACUGUGGGAAAUGGCACUUUCAAAAACUGUUGCAGCACUCCGUACUCACUCGUCUUACUGCUCUGAUCCAAACCUCGUGUUAGAUUUGAAGAACCUCAUUGUGCUUUUUGCUGACACACUUCAGGUGUAUGGUUUUCCUGUAAAUCAGCUUUUUGACAUGCUACUAGAAAUCAGAGACCAGUAUAGUGAAACUUUGCUAAAGAAGUGGUCAGGUAUUUUCAGAAACAUACUUGAUUCAGACAACUACAGUCCUAUACCAGUAACAAGUGAAGAGAUGUAUAAAAAGGUGAUAGGACAAUUCCCAUUCCAAGAUACAGAGCUGGAAAAGCAACCAUUCCCAAAAAAGUUUCCAUUUUCUGAAUUUGUGCCAAAAGUUUACAACCAAAUUAAAGAAUUUAUCUAUGCCUGUCUGAAGUUUUCAGAAGAUCUUCAUCUAAGCUCAACUGAAGUUGAUGACAUGAUUCGUAAAUCAACAAACCUGUUGCUAACUAGGACUCUAAGCAACUCUCUGCAGAAUGUCAUUAAAAGGAAGAAUAUUGGACUUACUGAGCUUGUCCAGAUUAUUAUCAAUACAACACACUUGGAGAAAUCCUGUAAGUACUUGGAAGAAUUUAUCACCAAUAUCACUAAUGUCCUUCCAGAGACAGUGCACACUACCAAGCUGUACGGCACCACGACUUUUAAGGAUGCCAGACAUGCAGCUGAAGAAGAGAUUUACACCAACUUAAAUCAGAAGAUUGACCAGUUCCUACAGCUGGCUGACUAUGACUGGAUGACCGGAGAUUUGGGCAGCAAAGCCAGUGAUUAUCUAGUGGACCUCAUUGCCUUUCUACGCAGCACCUUUGCUGUGUUCACACACCUUCCUGGAAAGGUCGCCCAGACAGCAUGUAUGUCAGCUUGCAAGCAUUUAGCCACAUCUCUGAUGCAGCUUUUGCUGGAAGCUGAAGUAAGGCAGCUCACCUUGGGAGCAUUACAGCAGUUCAACUUGGAUGUCAUAGAAUGUGAACAGUUUGCCAGAUCCGGCCCGGUGCCUGGGUUCCAGGAGGACACGCUGCAGUUGGCCUUCAUCGACUUGAGACAACUUUUGGAUCUCUUCAUCCAGUGGGAUUGGUCAACCUACCUUGCGGACUACGGUCAGCCCACCUGCAAGUACCUACGGGUAAACCCUGUGACAGCGCUGACCCUGCUUGAGAAGAUGAAGGACACCAGCCGCAAGAACAACAUGUUUGCACAGUUUCGGAAAAAUGAGCGAGACAAGCAGAAAUUGAUUGACACUGUGGCCAAGCAACUCCGGGGACUCAUCAGCAGCCACCACUCGUGAAGACGGGCCUCGGGCCCACAGAGGCUGCUGGCUGCAGCCCCGGAGUCUGGGACCCAGCGCUGGCUGGCCCUGCAUUUGUGCAUUCUUCCUCAAAGAGAACAAAUGUAUUUUUUUAUAAUAACCUCUGUACAGUAUUCGCAUAACCUUUCCCUAUAGUAGAAGAGGCACAAAAGUAAGCAAGUCCAUGAGAUGUUGCUAGGCUGGGCUUCAGGGGAAGUCAGGCUACACUGUAUUUUCCUAGAGACGGUGGUGUCGUCAGUCCGGCGUGAGGAACCACCUUUCACCCGUGGCUCUAGAGCUUAGGUCUGGGGCUCAGAAACUGAACAAACAAAAUGGGUACUUGGCACUGGGAGGUAAGGUGAGUAGGCAGCAGGAUAAUGAAGUACAUCCUGUUCACUCCUAGGUUCCCCAUUCAUUGCGUAGGUGAGGCUGGUUGUUCCUGACACAAGGAAGGGGCCUGGAAGACAUUACUACUUGGUCUAUGAAAGACCAACACACAGCUGUGGAGUUCCAGAGGUUUCUUCCCCUCAGUCCACUGACUUUCCCUGACCAGACAACAAGCAUGCCAUUGUGACCAGAUGACAGCUUCACCGCAGUCCCCCCAAGGGUGGCGUCUUUUAGCCUAGAUCUGCCCCCAGUGCUUUUACUCCUGAUUUUUCUGGGGCAUGGAAGAGCUGGGUAUGCAGUGGGACUAACUAGACCUUAUGACUAGCUGUAGGUUGCCCCCACUCCAGGAGGAGGCCUUAAAAGCCAGCGUGAAUGGGAUCAGAGCCCCAGCCCCUUUCCCAUUCCUCUCACUGCCUUCUUUCCUGGUCAGGCGCUUGGUUCAGGGCGUAGGUCCACAGUUAUUCCAUAGACAGAGAAUCUCAGACUCGGCCGCCUCCAGCAGUGUCAUUGGGAUAGUCAGAUUGCAGAAGCCUGAAAAAGUGACCUUUUGCUUUCCGCUUAGGUAAAACCUGAAGAUUACUUGGAAUCGUUCCUUUGUGUUUUAAAACCAACUUCCUGGCCACCAUCUCUAUAGGAAAUGCCACCGGCUCUGUGCUGUGGGAGAGCUUUAGCUGGACUAGAUGCCUCGGGAUGGAGCCGCCGUCACCAUGAAGUAGAGCAGGUCAGCCAUGUCUAAUGGUUUGUCACCCCCGCCACCCCUCACCAAGUCAUACCCUGGGUAGGAAGCUCCUGCUCAAGCCUAAAGCUCCAUCCCCUUUUGAGGUCCCCGUAGCUAUCUUUUGGCUUUGUCUGAGAAAGAUUGCCUGUAAUCCUAUCCUUCAAGCUCUGGAGUUUGCAGAGGAGCCUGAACCGGCUCUGUCCUCUGUCGCAAAUGGGCUCCUGUGACUUAAUGCAGAGGCUUUGCUGUGAGGUCAGUCAGCAGACCCUGCCCUUUAAGACACUUCAGGAAGACACUAUUAAGGCUACUGGAGAGAGUAUAAUUGUGCUUCACCAAACAAUGACAAAUAAGCCACACAGGCCUUUCCAGCUAGGAUUAGUGGGAAGAAAGACUCAUCAAACAGAAUUCUUCACUACCUUUGUCAGCUGCUGAGUUGCUUCUAGGGAGGGCAGUGCUUCCAUUUCACCCCACCCCCACCCCCCUGCCAAAUAUUAUGGCACAACUUAAAAACCAUGGGGAAGAAAAUACACACACAGACACACACAGACUUCCUCAAAACUGGAAAGACCGGCUGCUUGUGGACUCUGCAGAAGAUUUCUGAGGCUCAUUCUUGGGGCUAAUCAUCCUGAGGGCUUGGUCCAGGGUCUUAGAAUGAGGCUCAGAGAUGAGUGCUGCCACUCAGAACUUCCAUAGCCAAGGGAAGGCAGGGGUCCAUGGGAAUGAGACCUAAAAUGGCAUCUCUCAAAUUCUGGACUUUAUUAUAAAAGAGCAAGAAAUGAUCACUCUAAUCCUAUUGCUUAAGAGGGGCCCCCAAACACCCUCCUUCUCUAGACCCCAAUUACAGCAGGACCUCUUUUGCUUUGAGUGCUGAGACUUUGAAGUGGAAUGGAGGGAACCUUAAGUAUGUCACUUUCAAGCAUUAUCAUUGUUGGUCUGGUCUCAGACCUAUACCCUGGAGAAACAGUGCUACAAAGAGAAAAUGAACAGGGUGGAAGAACAGGGUUACCUUACCCCUUGCACACAGAAGCCCGUCUGUAGAAAAUCAUUUACUCAAGCCCAAGACUCACAGGGUAGAUCCUUUGUUAGACCCCUUCUUUCCUCUUGGUCUGCCUCCGGCCUUCCCUAACAAAACCAACAUGCACCUAUGAGUUGUCUGUGGAGACACACCCUUGGUGACCAGGGAUGGGUGAAAAACAGGGACUGGAAAUGUCUAAACUGUUUAAAUUGGUGAAGUCAGAGUUUUCAGUCUUGUCUAUAGGCUUCAAGCUAGGUCAGCCCUUGAGAGGACUUGUACAAAGCAUGGGUGCCUGUGUCCCCCAGAAUCCUGAGAUCUGGCCUCAAAUGCCCAGAGAUGUAGAUACGCCCCAGAGGCCUCAGUAAGAGUCGAGAACAUGGGUGCUUGGAGGCCUUUCCAUCUUCUAGUUGGCUGAGUUCUUGGGAAAACCAGAUCCAUAUUCCUGAAGGGACAGUCAGGUUGGGGACCCUAGUGGGUUGCAAGUAGUAAUUUAGACAGCUGGAAUAGUUUUAAUGUAUCACAUGGCAAAAUCUCUGAGUAGACUAAAUGACACUGCUGAUGGUGGGGAAGAACAGGACAUGAAAAUUGGAAGCAGCAGAGAGUUCCCAUUGGUCAAGGGAAUAUACAGCAUCCAGGGAGCAAUGCCCAGCAUUUGCAUUGUCUCCCAGGCCUCCAAGUCAGCCUGGCUUCACUGCACACUUGACAAGUGCUUGCGCAGCUAGUCCCAGACCCAGGCCCUUUGUCCCCAAGAUUGGCAUCGGCCGUGGCUCUGCCCACGAGGCCUCUGAGCACACUCCCCAGGGCCUGCUGCAGAAGCCUCGUCACCAGAGCCGCACUUCUCCCAGGAUGCUGCACCUGGCUGCUUUUGUUGCCUCUUUUAUCUUUUUCCUUUGCCUGAGUUUGCGAUUACUUUUCACUAAUGUGUUGGAAAUGGCCUUUUUAUUUUGCACAAAUAGUUGCACAUUUAUGAGGGAAAUUUAGGAAAGUCCAUUUUUAACUCUAAAGGGAACUUUUUUCUUUAAAACUCAACCAGUAAAGCUACUGAUACAGAUGGGCCUCGUGGUUAGUAGAAAACCUCUUACAUGGAAAGAGCAUGUCUAUUCCUCCUGUAUGUUCUCUUUUAAUUACUAUUAAAUAAGGGAGCCUACGUACCUGUUCAAAAGCCA